CGAAAUCGUCGUUCCCCAAGGGAAUAGAAAUACCCGUCGACAGACCCUACCAAUGGAAUACGUAAUCAUCGGUUUCAAGGCUUUAUCUUCAUCUCCCACGUUGCCUCUCCUUUAUCCCUUUUAUUGCUCCUCGCUCUCAGAUUCCAUAGUUCAUUCCCUGGUAAUUUAAAAUAAUGCGUAGUUCCCGAUAGGCACGUUCAUUGUUUAUUCAAAAAUCUAUCCAAUUUCGGAUCGAAUAGCGUGCUUUCGCCACGACGACCGAAUCGGUCGUGCCUCACGCGAGUAUAAAAAGCGAAAGUUAUCCGGAGCGUGGUUAACGAGCGGUAAAUACGAGUGCUAACGAACUCGGUGCGUAAGCCAAUUAAAAUUCAUGAAGAUAAAGCGUCGUGUUAAAAAGCAGCGCGAGCUUGUGCGUCCGAUGACACAUCUGAGGGACAGGAAACACUGCCAGUCCCUUUGACGUUAACGUCCUACGGGUAAUCCAGCCAUGGGCCGCACAGGAUACACGUGCAUCAGGCACGUCUUCUGCUCCCUCAACGUUCUUAUUUGGUUAUGCGCUUGUGGAAUUUUGGGUGCAGGCCUCUGGCUACGACUGGCGUACUCCGGAUACACGACCUUGGUCCCUCAGUACAGUUUCGCGUCAGCUGACUCGCUGCUGUUAGGCGCUGGAUGUUUAACCUUCGUUGUAGCCUUCUUCGGAUGCUGCGGUGCAUGGUUUCAAUCCAGAUGCAUGCUGAUCACGUACUUCGGAUUAGUUAUACUGAUGUUCCUGGCUGAAUUCAUGCUGGGCACUCUGGCCUUCAUCUUCAGGGAGUAUCUGGCUAAAAGCUUGAAGGACGAGCUGCUGUUCGGUAUCGAGAAACAUUACAACGCGACUAGAGAACCGGGAACCCUUGCUGCCGUCUGGGACCACAUACAUACAGACUUCCACUGCUGCGGCGUUCGAGAUUAUACCGAUUGGUACCGGAUCGACGCUUGGCCAAUGCAGGAUCGCGUCCCAGAUUCCUGCUGCUCGCAGAGGUUUCGUUACUGCGGCCGACAGGAUCCCGAGGGGCGCAACAAGGAACUGUGGUACAAAGAGGGCUGCGCCUCUGCCAUACAAAUGUGGCUUGUCACCAGGCUGCACAUCAUCGGAAUCGUUGGCCUCGUUGUGGCUUUCCUACAACUGUUCGGUCAGGUGGCGAGCAUGAUCCUGUUCUGCACAGUGAGGCACAAGAAGUCCUCCCACACGUACAAGAGUUACGACACCGCGAACACCUAGAAUUUCAGAUGGAUCUUAGACGAGACCAGUGUCUAAGGUCCAUCGAGAGCAAAAACUAACCGAUGAUAAUUGCAAGCGACGAUGAUCGCGAUCUUCUUUAUUCUUAAAAGAAGAUUUCGAUCAUUGAUGAUCCCGGCUUCCUGCAAAUUCUAUCUGCUACGCGAUUCGAACGAAUUCUUUCUCGUAGAGUCUGUGCAGCACCAGUGAUCACCGCGAAGAUCGCAAAAAUCUAGCCACGUAUCAGCGAGAAAGUGGAGCGAGAUGAUUAACGAGCUCGGCUUUAGAGACGUUUACCGCGGGCCAUUACCUCUAACGGCUCGUUAAUUUGAUAAAUGACUCUUCUUCCGUUCGUCAGAGCUUUUUAACGAAACAGCUUCGGAUUCGUAGACAGUAAUACUACCGCAAAAACGACACGGAAGUAAAGCGACUGCCGCCACGGCGAUUAAAUGUCAUGAAAGGGAAAUUCUGUUUUAUUUCUAAACGUAGAACGCGAACGUAUUUAUGUAUGUUAUCUUGCAUGCGAUUUUAUUUACUAGAGAUAUCGUUAUCGCACACGGCGCAUACCAAAAUUGCGUUACGCACGACGGGGCUCUUAUUAUUUCUUUUCGCUUGUUGCAUGCCUGGUCGUGCGAAUGCGAGCACAAGUAUUUUUACUUAUAGCUGAAGAUCAGACCUGCAUUCCACGUGGGGACCGCGACUCCCGGAGUUUGUUAGCUUUAAAUCCACAGCAGAGCCGAUCGAGUACCAUUUCUAUUGUACAAUGCAAUCCUUCCUUUCCCUUAUUAUUUUUUAUUGAAAAUUAAACAAAAAUAUACAGUACAUUUUACAAGCUUUUAAAUACCUGUUAAAGUUAUUUUGUAAUUUAAUGCGUAGUAUUAAAUACGAUGGAAAGGAAGAGUUAAUCUCGUAGUUAAUAAUAUAGUAGCACGUGGCCGCCUGCUCUUUUGAGAAACCGGCUGUAUACCUGUGCAAGGGGCUGCUCAGAACCACUUGAAAGGGUCUUUUUUAUGUGUCUCGAGUGGCAUGGCACUUGAGGUAUUGAGAAAAUAUACUGAACACGUUUAGAAUACACACGUAGAAUGUUUAUGUUGCACAGGUGGAUACUCGGUGUAAGGAGGCAGCUUUGCUACGAGAUCGCAAAGAUCAUGUUGGCUAAAAACCAACAAAUUACGUAUUAUUGUUCGGAUAAUAAAUAAUAUAUUUAUGCGAGAA